AUGCCCGACGGCGGAAAAUCCAAGAAUAAGAAGAAGAACAAGGGGCAGGCCCAACCCCACGCCACAGAUGGACACAAUUCCAAGGAGGACGUGAAAGAAACACUGGAUCAGAAGAAUGACGUCCAGGGAGACGCGACCGAAGACCACAAACCUGAACAGGCCGAGAAUGGGAAGGACUCAGAUGCGGGGUCCAACGAUGGCGGACUACAUGAUGAUGAUUCCCAAGUUUCCAGGGCGAUAUCACCUAUCCUAGAAGCCUUGCGCUCUAAAGACCGUUUCGAGGCCCUUGUGCGUGAUCGCGAUUCUCUGCGCGCCGAAGUAACCGAUAUGCGAAAGUCGCUCGAAGAGAUUCAGUCGAAACACCGGACGGAUAUGGAGGCUCUACAGACUAAACUGGACGAUGCGGAGAGUAAAAAGGAGCACGCCGAAUCCCAAUUUCGUGGUUUACUCGAGCGAGUAAAUACCAUCAAAUCGCAACUCGGUGAACGCCUCAAGGAAGAUGCUGAGGAAAUUGCUCAAGCGAGGUCAAGGAUUGAAGAGUUGGAGGAACAAAACUCGAGUGCCAAAGAGGAAUAUGAGUCGAAGAUCUCAGAGGUGACGAAGGAAAACGAGCAAAUGUCAAAAGAACUUUCCGAAUUACGAGAACGAACAAAUUUGUCUCAGCAAAAUUGGCUCCGAGAGAAGGAUGAGCUCUUGGAACAGGAGUCGUAUCUUCAAUCGGAAUUCGAGCAAGCAAAAGAGGCUAUGCAUAAUUGGGAAGUUCUCGCAAUGGAGGAGCGCUCUAUCAGAGAAAACCUUGGAGAGAAAGUAAUAGAUCUGGAAGAGCAAUUGGCUAGUGUGAAGGACUCGUUUGAGAAGGCUUCCGCAGAGCGUGACUCUCAGUCGGCGACGGUGGAUGGGUUGCAGCGAGCUUUGCAAGAAAUACAGGCUGCGCGCAAGCAGGAGCUUCGCGAACUCGUAGAGAGCUCUGACGCUCAAAUCGAGCAGUUGAAGCAGGCACUGAACGAAGCGAAGAUGAAAGCAACCGAGGCGGAAACGUCCCUUCAGGAUAUUCAAGGCGAGCUUGAGAGGGUUCGGCCUUUCGAGAAGGAGGUUCGGGAGAAGAACCUUUUAAUUGGCAAGCUUAGGCAUGAAGCUGUAACGCUGAAUGAUCACUUGACGAAGGCUCUGCGGUUUCUCAAGAAGGGAAAGCCAGAGGACAAUGUUGAUAGGCAUAUUGUCACGAAUCAUUUACUGCACUUCCUUGCGCUUGAUCGGUCAGACCCAAAGAAGUUCCAGAUCUUGCAACUUAUUGCUGCGCUUUUGGGCUGGUCAGAUGAGCAACGUGAGCAGGCAGGCCUAGCUCGCCCAGGAGCCUCCGGGACCACCAGUGGUAGCAGGCUUCGGGUGCCAGGUUCCCCAAUGCAUCGCACCCCAAGUACUCCAACUCUUGCGACCGAGUUUAUGGACAAUGGCGCCGCAAGCAAAGAGUCAUUAGCGGAGCUAUGGUCCAACUUCCUUGAACAGGAGUCACAGGCCUCCCGUGAACAUAGCUAA